AAGCGCCGCAAUGACGCCCGCCCUUCAGCCGCAUCGCGACAUCUGCUCCACCAUUAGUGCGCUAACCCCCCGGCCCGCAUAGUCAACGUGAGACGUUAGCGAUCCUCCUCGUGCCCCGGAGAUGACCAGGGCGAUAGCGUAGCUGUUUGAAAACACCAAGCGAGCUUCGGCGACGGUGCCACGCCCUGGCCAUGGGCGGCUUUCUAGAGCGCUGCUGUGGGGAUGGCCUCAACUGACAAUUCGGCGCCGUUGCUAUUUGCGGCCCCGAGCGAAACAUCGCCCCUCUCGCCUCGUAGGUAUAUCUAUCUCUUCUCGCCGUCCCUCUCAGCUUUCCUUCGACAUCCUCACAAGGCUCGCCAUCCUUUGCAUUCGAAUCGCUCUCUUUUCCGGUCUGUGACCACCACAUUCAUUCUACACUACACAUUCCUUCUUCCGGUACAGGUACCAGGACACUCUUCCUCGCUCGCAGCAUCAAUCCUUCCAAAUCAAACUCCAUCAAAAUGAAGUACUCCUAUGCUAUUGCCUCCCUCCCGGCCCUGGCCACCACCGUCCUCGGCCACGGUUUCGUCACCAAGCCCACCGCCCGUAUGCCCGGUGAUGCCAUGGCUGCCGCUUGCGGUCAGCAGGUCUACAACAACCAGAAGUCCGACAACUACGGCAACAUCCAGGGCGAGCUCCAGGUCGCCUCCUCCCAGAGCGACUACGAUGCCGCCAAGUGCGACAUCUGGCUCUGCAAGGGUUACAAGCUCGCCGACAACAAGGACAACGUCCAGAGCUACACUGCUGGCCAGAAGGUCACCUUCGAGGUCGAUGUCCGCGCUCCCCACACCGGUGUCGCCAACGUCUCCGUCAUCGACACCGCUUCCCACAGCCCUAUCGGCGAGCCCCUGAUCAGCUGGGACAAGUACGCCACCACUGAGUCUGGUGUCAAGAAGACCGACACCAACUUCGAGGUCACCAUGCCCAGCGACCUCGGCUCCAAGUGCUCCACGGCCGGUGACUGCGUUCUCCAGUGGUACUGGUUCGCCGAGUCCAUCGACCAGACCUACGAGUCUUGCGUCGACUUCACCAUGUCUGGCUCCGGCUCCGGCUCCUCCUCCAGCUCCACCGGCACCAACGCCAAGGUCGCCGAGGCCGCUGUCAGCUCUGCUGCCUCCAGCACCCUGGCCACCGUCGCCACCCCCGCCACCGCCGCCACCACCGCCGCCUCCUCCACCGACGACCGCGUUGCUCAGCUCGAGUCGCUCGUCCCCUCCUCGGUCCUGACCUCGGUCCUGAGCAAGCCUACCGGCUCCGUCUCUGCUGAGGCCCCCUCCACUGACCUCCCCGAGGGCACCACCGUCCAGGACCUCAUGGAGUGGGUUGCCUACUACCUCAACGGCAUGUUCCAGGGAAACAACCUCCACGCCCGUGACGUCGCCCCCGAGCGCCGCUAAGCGCUUCAUUGCGAACAUGCUCGGCUUAGGACAGGUUUAAUGGGUGGAUUUCUUCUCCAUCUUGGCUAGAUUACGGGGUGUUUAUUAUUGAUGAACCGGCUAGACUAGAUGGGCUUCUUUUUGGUGCUUGGAAAGGAUUGGUGUGAAACUUACAAAUGAGGCAAAGGCUGUCGUGUCUUUCUAUGUAUUAUUUAGUCGAAUCAACUAAAGGAUGCG